UGCGACUGAGAUCUUGAUUGUUUAACUACUUAUAAAUUGUUUUUAACAUUCGAUUUAAAUAAAAAUAAACAUUAAAAACAAUUCCAAUUACUGUGAUGAAUAGGCGACGGACCUCCAUUUUGAUAAAUGUCGUGACGUUCACGACGUAGUAUGACAGUCACACGGCUGUUCCGAUUAAAUGUAGUGCACAAUAAUGUAUACACCCGAUCGGAAUAGAUCACACGACAACAGUUCUUCGGAGAUUUUCAAUCGGAUUUAUUUCAAUGGGAAUGACAAAAAAAAAACGGCGACUGUGGUUCCGCUGAAGACGAGCACCGCAAUCAAAAUUCAAGACCUGCUGCUCAGCAUGGCUUCGUCCUCCAGCUUUGCACCUCCGAAACUAGAUGACUUCAUCCUGACGGAGCGGCUGGGAAGCGGUACAUACGCCACAGUCUACAAGGCCUACAGAAAGGGGGAUAGUCGAGAGGCGGUGGCAGUGAAGGUGGUGGCCAAGAAGACUCUGAACAAGGCGUCCACAGAGAACCUGCUCACAGAGAUCGAGAUCCUCAAGACCAUGCGUCACCCUCAUAUUGUCCAGCUGAAAGACUUUGUGUGGGAUUCUGAGAACAUAUAUCUGAUCCUGGAAUGGUGUUCCGGUGGAGAUCUGUCCCAUUUCAUCCGCAGUCGUCGUAUCUUGCCGGAGGGAGUCGCCCGCCGUUUUCUGCAGCAAAUAGCCUGUGCUCUCCAGUUCCUACAUAACCGAAACAUCUCCCACUUGGAUUUGAAACCGCAGAACAUCUUGCUCUGUGGCUCAGUCCUUAAACUAGCAGACUUUGGUUUUGCCCAGUACAUGUCUCCGUGGGACGAGAAGAGCGUGUUGAGAGGCUCUCCUCUCUACAUGGCUCCCGAGAUGGUGUGUCGGCGCCAGUACGACUCAAGAGUGGAUCUCUGGUCCGUGGGAGUCAUUCUUUAUGAGGCACUUUUUGGACUGGCCCCUUUUGCAUCAAGGUCGUAUUCAGAAUUGGAAGAGAAGAUUAGAAGUAACCAGCCCAUUGAGCUCCCUCCCGGGGCCAGGGUCUCCAAGCACUGCCGGGACCUCCUCCUGCGUCUCCUGGAGAGAAAGCCGGAUGCCCGGAUCAACUUUGCUGAGUUCUUCACGCACCCCUUUGUGGAUAUGGAGCACAUGCCGAGUGCCGAGAGCUUGGAGAAGGCGAAAGAACUGGUACUGCAGGCCGUCCAGAAGGACCAAGAUAGAGAGCGGUCUGCCGCUCUCUCUCUGUACUGCAGCGCCCUUGAGCACUUUGUCCCUGCUAUUUAUUACGAGACUGACCGGCAGCGUAAAGAUGUCCUCAGGCAAAAGGUCCGCCAGUACGCAUCCCGAGCGGAAGAGCUGAAGGCCUUAGUGGCCUCAGACAACAACCUUAUUUUCGAGGCGGCGCGCACCUCCAGGGACAUCCUCCGAGAAAUGUCCCGUGAGCAACCACGCUUACUAGCGGCGCUGGAGAUGGCCUCGGUUGCCAUUGCUAAGGAGCAAAGUGGCGUGGACGAGAAGGAGGCCUUGGAUGAAUACCAGAAGUGCUUAGGAGAACUCCUGUUGGCUCUCGCAGCAGCUCAGAUCAACCAACCUUUCCGGAGUCCUCAGAUUAAGGCCGCUGUUCCUCAGCAUCGAACGAAGCCAGGUGAGGUGUCUUGGCCAUUUGGUUAGGAUGCCUCCUGGACGCCUCUCUGGUGAGGUUUUCUGGGCAUGUCCCACUGGGAGGAAGCCCUGGGGACGACCUAGGACAUGAUAGAGAGACUGUGUCUCACAGCUGGCUUUGGGAUCCCACCGGAAGAGCUGGGCCAAGUGGCUGGAAUGAGGGAAGUCUGGGCUUCCCUACUAAUGCUACUACUGCGAAUCGAAGAAAAUGGAUUGAUGGAUUAAAAAUUGGCUGAAUGUUGGAGUUAGUGGGAUCCCUGCACAUGUUUUUAACUUCAAUGAGCCAGUUGGUCUCAUCAUGUGUUCAAUAGCAUGUAAGACCGGACAUCCGAGCCAGGCUUUUUUUUUUUUUUUUUUUUUUUUUUAAAAAAACAAAAAACAAAAAAAACAGUAUGUUCCUGUAUUUCACUUGUGCUUUUAUUUUUAUUCAAGAUUAGACUAGCAUAUCUUGCAGUGGCCCGUAGCAUUAUAUGCUAUUUGCGGACAAAAUAUUUCCAGUUUGUAGCAUAAUACAGCCGUAUUGUAUGCCUGUACUGUGAUAAGUGUUACGAUACAGAGCCAAAAAACGAUGGUGUUGUCUGUUUGGAUUCUUAUCACACAGUUAUUUUUGCGCAUUAAUGCACAGAACAAUUUGGUGACGAAGCUGGAACAUAAUACCGCUGCCCUCCUUCCUUGCCACCAGUCCCUUGGUCCAGCUGGUCUGAAUAUUUUAAGUUCAGCAGCAAUCGGAAUAGCCGAACCGCUAUACUCAUCCACCAUCCUAUUUUCAUACUCUCAAACCCACGCAGACGUAUGAAGACUGUGUUGCCUUGUUGGCUGGACAGUUCGCUGCGCCAGAGCGUUAUAGUCCGCCGUCAGCAGCAGACGGGCAAGUCUAAAUUCUUCUGUAAAUUGGCUGAUUAGAAGACGAGAUGUAAAAAAACAAAACGUUAUGAGUAUGUAUAUUUGUUAACGAGCUGUAAAUGUCGACGCGGCAUUGUAAAGUGGACUCGUCGAUUCAACGAUCGAUUCAACCCUGAGCACAAACGUUUAGUUAAUCAGACCCAUAGACAGGAUCACAUCAGAUGCUGGCAUAUUUGUGGGUGGUUUUCAUGGCAUGAAUAAAGAUGGAGGUAAUGUGAGAGAACGCGUGGGCGGGGCUGUUAAGGAACACAGAAGGCCAUUCACUCUCUGUGUGGCCUUGCAUGAGGCAAUGAGCUCAUGCGCCCUCAUGUGAGAGCGAUUCCAGUAGAGAGGCUUUUUGGAGCUGAGAUGAUGGGACCCAGCGCCUGCCAGGGACCCUGCGUGCGGUACGGGAGCCUUGCCAUCUGCUUCCCAUUUAGACCUUGCUGCAAACACACAAGACGCUUUAUCUUCCGCUGAUGAGAUCUUGAAACGGCCAGCCAGCGCUCAGUCUUGCGAACAUACCACUGAUUUCCACUUUUAAAUGAGGGUAGAUGCUCAAAAUAUUAUAUAAUAGAACAUACGGAGCCUUGCUCGAUUGACUGCACUUUUUAUGGUAAUGCAUGAGCAAAAGUCUUGAGAUGUUCAAACAAUUAACAAGUCAGUUUUCCAUAAUAUAUGCACUUUAGAUUUAAAGGUCCCGCAUUUUGGCUAAUUUGACUUCCAUACAGUGACUCUCUAACACUGGACUUAGUAUAAAAGUGUCAAUUUCAUUAAAAAAACAAAAAAAAAACCUUAGUUUUGUCCAGUGUCCAGAAAAGGCUCCUCUGCCAGUUACUUCUAUUUGACCCAGUUUUGUGACCCCUUCCUCAUGGCGAAUCCUCAAAAUAAUCAAAAGGCUAAAAUAAUUUGCAAUUUAGCAUCGCCUCUCUGUCCCGGACAGUGUUUCCCAACUUUUAUUGAGCCAAGGCGCACAUUUUAUGUGAGAAAGAAAUCUCACAGAACACCACCAAACGUCACAAAAACUGGAUACACGGGGUAAUUAUGUGCCUUUUUCCAUCUAGUCCAGGAGAAUGUCAUUGUUCUUUCUGCUACUAAUCGUAGCUGGCAUAGAUAGCUGACCAAAUAUCAAUAAUAAUACAAUUUUGUGAAACUGGAUUAUUGAGGGCGGCACGGUGGUCGACUGGUUAGAGCGUCAGGAUCACAGUUCUGAGGACCCGGGUUCAAUCCCCGGCCCCACCUGUGUGGAGUUUGCAUGUUCUCCCCGUGCCUCCGUGGGUUUUCUCCGGGCACUCCGGUUUCCUCCCACAUCCCAAAAACAUGCAUUAAUUGGAGACUCUAAAUUGCCCAUAGGCAUGACUGUGAGUGCGAAUGGUUGUUUGUUUCUAUGUGCCCUGCGAUUGGCUGGCAACCAGUUCAGGGUGUACCCCGCCUCCUGCCCGAUGACAGCUGGGAUAGGCUCCAGCACGCCCGCGACCCUAGUGAGGAGAAGCGGCUCAGAAAAUGGAUGGAUGGAUGGAUUAUUGAGGUCUCAUGGGACACUAACGUUUAACGGAACACUGGUUAGGAAUCACUUAUCUUGGAUACCUGCUUCUAAUUGGAGCUCCUUUGGGCCAAUUGCAUAUGAGUUUGCCAAAUAAUGAGUCCUGGAAUGCGCCCAAAAUGAUGCUCCAAACCAAAAUGGCCAACUUUCUUUGUAAUUUUGGGCAUGAGUUAAUUUGUGUUAAUUGUUAAAAAUAGUUUUGGGUGCUGUUUUUUCCUGUCAUAACUUUUCAGGGAGCCGGCACGGUGUUGACUGGUUAGCACGUCUGCCUCACAAUGCUGGGGACCUGGGUUCAAAUCCCGGCCCCGCCUGUGUGGUGUUUGCAUGUUCUCCCCGUGCCUGGGUGGGUUUUCUCCGGGCACACCGGUUUCCUCCCACGUCCCAAAAACAUGCGUAGUAGGUUGAUUGAAGACUCUAAAUUGCCCGUAGGUGUGAAUGUGAGUGAAAAUGGUUGUUUGUUUCUAUGUGCCCUGCGAUUGGCUGGCGACCGGUUCAGGGUGUACCCCGCCUCCAGCCAGAAGAUAGCUGGGAUGGGCUCCAGCAGCCCGCGACCCUAUUGAGGAUAAGCGUUAAAGAAAAUAGAUGGAUAGAUGGAUGGAACUUUCCAGGGAGUGCUACUAUUAUGUGGGGGUCGUGCAGUGGACCCCUAAAAUAUAUACACUUGAAGAUAUAUAUAUAUAUAUUAUAUAUAU